UGUUGUGUGUACUGAAAUAAGAUAAGAUAAAUAUAUACAAAGUUAAUUAGUACAGUUUAUACUAAAAAAGGAAUUAAUUUUAUCCGGAAAACAAUGAAACUCAUUAUUAUGUAGAUAACGUGUACAAAAUAGAGAUUACAAUAGAUGCCAAGUAUUAGAAUCUUAUCUAUACAACAUAAAUAAACUAUUAGUUGAAUCAAGCUAUUUCAUCUCCAAGUCACUACUUACAUUGUGUAUUAGUAUAAUUAUUAUAGCUUAUCAAUAAUGAUAGUUGCUUCAUUGAGAUGAUUAAAUACGGACAUAUAUAUAAUUCACGAAAUAUGCUCUUAAUCAAGAUCAAGCAAUUGAGUGGGCAAUUAGAGAAUAGAUAAGGGCAUAAGGCAUGCCAAAAAAGGGAAAGCUCCACAUAUAAAGUCUUAAAGCCUUGUCUACCACUUAACCAACUUUCCUCUUCUAGGGUUCUUCUCUGCUGCCAUUAUUGGGAACCAAAACCACGACCUUUCAAACGCUUUAUCUCUAACGUCUCCAUCAUCCUUUAAUUCUUUUUCUCAUUUUAAUUAUAUGGUUCUUGUUGGCUUCUCUUGUUUUACUUUAAAAUCCACAACUUUAAUUCUAUCUCCUCGCUAUGGCUAGAUGGCUUCUUACCCAAGAAAAUGGCAUCUGGGCCGAUAAGUUACCUGCACCAUCGGAGAUCACAGUCAGUCCGGCUCUUCUUUGGUUGAUAGUAUCCGUAGCUGCCAUCUUCUUCAUAUCUGGAAUUCUUCAUAUUCUUCUUAGAUUCUUCAAAAAGAAACCUUCUUAUAAUAAUCCAUCAGUACUCAUCACUCAGUCCGACAGAUAUACCCAACAGUCUCUCGGAAGACAGCUUCAACAACUUUUCCGGCUACAAGAUUCCGGCUUGGACCAGUCCUUCAUCGAUAAUCUCCCUGUCUUCAACUACAAGGAGAUUAUAAUAAUCGGGUCGCAACAAUAUCCAUUUGAUUGUGCUGUGUGUUUAUGCGAGUUCUCACCUGAUGACAAACUUCGGUUGAUUCCAAUUUGCAGCCAUGCUUUUCACACUCAUUGCAUCGACACGUGGCUUCUGUCAAACUCCACGUGCCCUCUUUGCAGGGUCAAUUUGGGGAUACAAGUAGUAGAACACCACCGAUUAUGUAAUAAUAAUCGCAAUGUACGUCCAAGGGAAGAAAAUGUCAUUAGUGUCCCUAUCCCUACUACGAAUAAUAACAUACAACGGGUACUUUCCGUGAGGCUUGGAAAGCUCGAGAGCUUUAAUGGGGAAGAAAGAUCCAGUGGAGUGGAGGGGAGUAGUCGCAGGUGUAAUUUGGAUGAAAGGAGGUGUUUCUCAAUGGGUUCUUUUCGGUAUGUGGUUAAUAAUAUGGAUCUGGAAGUGUCAUUAACGUCGAAUGUAAAAAAAGAUGAUGUAAUUGGUUGUGGAAAAAGUGAAGAAGAUGGUGAUCAUAUGGAUGAGAGGAAGAUUAAAUAUGAUCAGAGUUUUUCUGUUUCCAAGGUUUGGUUGUUUAGUUCAAAGAAACCCAAAAUUUCAGUUUCUUCAUCGGAGACUCAAAUGGGAGGAGUUUCUUCUGUAGUUCCUUUCGCACUAUAGUUCCUGUACUAUAUGAUAAACAAUUAAACAUAAUAUUUCCCAAUCUGUUAAUUAGUAGUAUUUAAUUUAUUCUGAAAUAUUCAAUA